AUGGAGAAUGAGGAUCUGCAGGAGGGAGAGAUUCUAUUGAAGAAUUACGCCUCCCGCAAUGGGUCCCUUGACUCAAAUCUGGAUCAAGACACUAUACAGGCCAUACACAUGGAACUGGAGGAGUGUCACCUUGACAACAGUCCUGUGGUUAGUCCUAUCCACUCAGCACAACCCUCCAAAGUCUCUGGUUUCUCUCCCAACUGUUACCUUGGUCUGGCAGCUGUCAUGGCUUCCCUUGGUGGUAUUCUCUUCGGAUAUGACAUUGGUAUCAUAUCUGGUGCAGUCCUACAGCUACAGGACCAGUUCUGUCUGUCCUGUUUCCAGAGGGAACUUGUUGUCAGCAUUAUGCUUGUAGGGGCCAUGAUGGGGUCCCUCUUUGGAGGAUUUGUGAUAGACAAGUAUGGACGAAGGCAGACCAUCAUUCUUAAUGCUGUAGUAUUCCUAGUGGGAGCUUUCAUCCUCGCCGUCUCUUCCAGUUAUCCUCUCCUUGUAAGUACUGGAGUAGUCUCAAUCUAUAUAAGUGUGUCUGCUACUGGAGAGUGUGUUUACAUAUCAGAGAUAGCUCCAGCUAAGAAACGUGGGGUGCUGGUGUCACUGAAUGAGUUGGGCAUUACCUUAGGACUUCUCCUGGCAUACCUUGUCAACUACUUCUUUAUACAGGUCAACAAUGGCUGGCGGUACAUGUUUGGACUAUCUGCCAUUCCUGCAGUCAUCCAAGGUGUUGGGAUGAUGUUCCUUCCCAAGAGUCCUCGAUUUUACAUGUUGAAAAGACAGGAGGCCAAGGCACAAGAAGUGUUGAUGAAGCUGAGACGGGGAGAUGUAGAGAAAGAGAUGAAUGCCAUGAAAAUAUCCAUAGCUGGGGAAAUGAACCAGACCUGCUGCAGCCUUUGCAGCAGUGUGGACAAUAUGAGAGGUCGGAUGAUGAUUGGGGCAGGACUUGUCUUCUUCCAACAGUUUACCGGCCAGCCAAAUGUGCUGUAUUAUGCACCCACCAUUUUUGAGGCUGUAGGCUUCGGAUCACAUUCCGCUGCUACCCUUGCAACAGUAGGGCUAGGGGUUAUUAAAGUUGUAAUGACUGUCAUAGCAUUACUGUGUGUGGAUAAAUGGGGAAGACGCAAGUUUCUCCUGACUGGUGCUGUUCUGAUGGGUACUGCCAUCUUAUGUCUAGGACUUGUAACUCAUCUUCAGAACCACACACUUAACAAAAAGACAUGCUCAGAGAGUGAAGUGUGUGUGCCAUCAACAGAUAACCAUCAACAUCAAGUUUUUCUAUACAACCAAUCAAAUAGCUUCACUGGUGCUAACCUGACUAACCCAAGCAUAGCUAAUCAGUCUAACUCUACUGAUCACACACCUUUGGUACAUGGGGACAAAGCAGGAAGGGUAGUAGCAUUCAUAGCCCUGAUGACUUUUGUAGCGGCUUAUGCCAUUGGAUUUGGACCAGUAACAUGGCUGGUCCUCAGUGAAAUUUUCCCUGCCUCGGUGAAGGGACGGGCCAUUGGCAUAACAACAGUUCUCAACUGGGGCACCAAUAUGGUUGUUUCUUCUGUCUUUCUCAAUGUCAUUGAUAAGUUGGGAGUGUCCUUGACCUUCUUCGUCUUUUGUUUUAUCUGUGCGCUAUCCACAGGAUUUAUCUUUCUCUUUGUUCCUGAGACCAAAGGGCGUUCCCUGGAACAGAUAUCUUCUGAUCUUACAAAGGGAUCACUGUUAUCAACGGUCAGAGUACGUCUGGGAACUCUUUGGUGUUGUAAGUCACUGAAAACAGAAAUCAAACUGUCGUCUGGAUACAAACCUGUCCCAGAGGUACGCAUGUCCUCACUAGCUGUGAGCUGA